GGUGCCAGACCUACAUGGACAUCGUCAUUGUCCUGGAUGGCUCCAACAGCAUCUACCCCUGGGUGGAGGUUCAGCACUUCCUCAUCAACAUCCUGAAGAAGUUUUACAUCGGCCCGGGGCAGAUCCAGGUUGGAGUUGUUCAGUACGGAGAAGACGUGGUACAUGAGUUUCAUCUCAAUGACUACAGGUCUGUAAGGGAUGUGGUGGAAGCUGCCAGCCACAUUGAGCAGAGAGGAGGCACAGAGACUCGGACGGCAUUUGGCAUCGAAUUUGCUCGCUCAGAGGCUUUCCAGAAGGGCGGAAGGAAAGGGGCCAAGAAGGUGAUGAUUGUCAUCACGGACGGGGAGUCCCACGACAGCCCGGACCUGGAGAAGGUGAUCCAGCAGAGCGAGAGGGACAACGUGACCAGAUACGCUGUGGCUGUCCUGGGCUACUACAACCGCAGGGGGAUCAAUCCGGAAACUUUUCUAAACGAAAUCAAGUACAUCGCCAGUGACCCUGAUGACAAGCACUUCUUCAACGUCACAGAUGAGGCAGCCCUCAAGGACAUUGUUGAUGCCCUGGGGGACAGGAUCUUCAGCCUGGAAGGCACCAACAAGAACGAAACCUCCUUUGGGCUGGAGAUGUCCCAGACAGGCUUUUCCUCGCACGUGGUGGAGGAUGGGAUUCUGCUGGGAGCUGUCGGCGCCUAUGACUGGAACGGAGCUGUGCUAAAGGAAACAAGUGGCGGGAAGGUCAUUCCUCACCGCGAGUCCUACCUGAAAGAGUUCCCCGAGGAGCUCAAGAACCACGGUGCAUACCUGGGAUACACAGUCACAUCGGUCGUGUCCUCCAGGCAGGGGCGGGUGUACGUGGCUGGAGCCCCCCGGUUCAACCACACGGGCAAGGUCAUCCUGUUCACCAUGCACAACAACAGUAGCCUCACCAUCCACCAGGCUCUGCGGGGCGAGCAGAUAGGCUCUUACUUUGGGAGCGAGAUCACCUCGGUGGACAUCGAUGGUGACGGUGUGACUGAUGUCCUGCUGGUGGGAGCACCCAUGUACUUCAGCGAGGGCCGUGAGCGAGGCAAGGUGUACGUCUAUGACCUGAGACAGAGCCGGUUUGUCUACAACGGAACGCUGAAGGAUUCCCACAGUUACCAGAACGCCCGAUUCGGGUCCUCCAUCGCCUCAGUUCAAGACCUCAAUCAAGACUCCUACAAUGACGUGGUGGUGGGAGCCCCUCUGGAGGACAACCACAGAGGAGCCAUCUACAUCUUCCACGGCUUCCGAGGCAGCAUCCUAAAGACGCCUAAGCAGAGAAUCGCAGCGUCAGAGCUGGCUCCAGGCCUCCAGUAUUUUGGCUGCAGCAUCCACGGGCAACUGGACCUCAAUGAGGAUGGGCUCGUCGACCUGGCAGUGGGUGCCCUCGGCAACGCUGUGAUUCUGUGGUCCCGCCCUGUGGUCCAGAUCAACGCCAGCCUCCACUUUGAGCCAGCCAAGAUCAACAUCUUCCACAGGGACUGCAAGCGCAGCGGCAGGGACGCCACCUGCCUGGCCGCCUUCCUCUGCUUCACUCCUGUCUUCCUGGCUCCCCAUUUCCAAACGGCAACUGUUGGCAUCAGAUACAAUGCCACCAUGGACGAGAGGCGGUACACGCCGAGGGCCCACCUGGAUGAGGGCGGGGACCGAUUCACCAACAGAGCUGUCCUGCUGUCCUCUGGCCAGGAGCACUGCGAGCGGAUCAACUUCCACGUCUUGGACACUGCUGACUAUGUGAAGCCGGUGACCUUCCUGGUUGAGUAUUCCCUGGAGGACCCCGACCACGGUCCCAUGCUGGACGACGGCUGGCCCACUACCCUCAGAGUCUCGGUGCCCUUCUGGAACGGCUGCAAUGAGGACGAGCACUGUGUCCCUGAUCUCGUGCUGGACGCCCGGAGUGACCUGCCCACAGCCAUGGAGUACUGCCAGGGGGUGCUGAGGAGGCCUGCACAGCACUGCUCCACGUACACGCUGUCCUUUGACACCACAGUUUUCAUCAUAGAGAGCAUGCGCCGGCGGGUGGCGGUGGAGGCCACGCUGGAGAACAGGGGCGAGAACGCUUACAGCACUGUCCUGAACAUCUCCCAGUCCCCAAACCUGCAGUUUGCCAGCCUGAUCCAGAGGGAGGACUCGGAUGGCAGCAUCGAGUGCGUGAACGAGGAGCGGAGACUACACAGGAAAGUCUGCAACGUCAGCUACCCCUUCUUCCGGGCCAAGGCCAAGGUGGCCUUCCGUCUAGAUUUUGAGUUCAGCAAAUCCGUCUUCCUGCACCAUCUGGAAAUCCAGCUCGCCGCGGGCAGUGACAGUGACGAGCAGGACAGCACCAAGGAAGACAAUACGGCCCUCCUGCGCUUCCACCUCAAAUACGAGGCUGAUGUCCUCUUCACCAGGACCAGCAGCCUGAGCCACUACGAGGUCAAGCCCAACAGCUCCCUGGGGAGAUACGAUGGCCUGGGGCCUCCCUUCAGCUGUAUUUUCAAGAUCCAGAACUUGGGCUUGUUCCCCAUCCAUGGGAUGACGAUGAAGGUCACCGUUCCCAUUGCCACCAGGGGUGGCAACCGCCUGCUGAUGCUGAGGGACUUCCUCACCGACCAGGUGAACACAUCCUGUAACAUCUGGGGCAACAGCACUGAGUACCGGCCCACCCCAACGGAGGAAGACUUGAGUCGUGCCCCACAUCUGAAUCACAGCAACUCUGAUGUAGUCUCCAUCAACUGCAACGUGAGGCUGGCCCCCAACCAGGAAAUCAAUUUCCAUCUGCUGGGGAACCUGUGGUUGAGGUCCCUAAAAGCACUCAAGUUCAAGUCCAUGAAAAUCAUUGUCAACGCAGCCUUGCAGAGGCAGUUCCACAGUCCCUUCAUCUUCCGCGAGGAGGAUCCUAGCCGCCAGAUCACGUUUGAGGUCUCCAAGCAGGAAGACUCACAGAUCCCCAUCUGGAUCAUCGUGGGCAGCACACUGGGAGGCCUCCUGCUGCUGGCCCUGCUGGUCCUGGCGCUGUGGAAGCUGGGCUUCUUCAAAAGUGCCAAGCGCAGGAGGGAGCCUGGCCUGGACCCCGCCCCCAAAGUGCUGGAGUGAGGCUCCAGAGGAGGCUUCGAGUUGACGGGGGCCAGGACACCCGUCCAGGCGGUGUGCAGGCCCAGGCGCAGGCCCCACGGAGCUGGAGCGGAGAGGACGCCAGCUGGCUUUGCACUUGACCUCAUCUCCUGAGCAUUGGCGCCUGCUCCUUCUACGGUGGAACUCAAGCCGGCUUUAAGAGAAAGGGCCCUACCGGGAGGCUGGGACACCUCCAACACAGAUCCCUAGGGAUUUAAAGGGACCUCCUCCCCAGGCCCACCCCAAGGCCUCCCCCAGGUUCCGUGGAGGGCAUUUGUUGCCCCAGCCACCAAGGUGCUAGGACUUCCUACUCAUCCCAAUCCUCCGAAGAAACGCAGGGAGGAAGACUGUAAAUACAAACCCACUCUGCACACACUCCAGGCCUCUAGUUCCAAAAGGACCCAUGGGACAGCAGAGCUGAAUUCUGCCUCGUCCUCCCACCCCACCAUUGGUUCCCAAGUCACACUUGCCCCUGCCCAUAGAUAGGCGCCCCCGGGGCUCACCAUGAAUGAACCUGAGCCCUAGGGCUUGGUGGCAACAGCUGUGGGCCAGGGAUGAAGAAAGACUCUGGGAUGCGGAGACUGUGACAGCCGGGCAAGUGGGACUCAGAUCCUGGCACCGCCCUGAGAUAGAGGCAGCCGGGUGCUGCACCCACGCGCGUCCACACUGACUGCCACCCACAUACUCCCCCACGGGCUCGCAACCUCCUGUGCUCCCGGCUGCCACCCCUCCCGGGCUCAUCUGUUCCUGAGUACCUCAUGCGAAGCGCGUGGAUGACACACUCCCUGGCAUGCGAAGCGCGUGGAUGACACACUCCCUGGCAUGCGAAGCGCAUGGAUGACACACUCCCUGGGGCUCCCCACUUCCACUUGUCUCCCACUGCGGCAGAUACACUGGCCUGGCUGCAGCCGGGCAGCAGGAGCAGGGGUGGGGAGCCUCCCCUCCCUCCCCCUCCCACACACACACUGCCUCCCCUCCCUCCCUCGUGCCCACCAGUGCACGGCAGAAGGGCCCAGCCGGUGCUGUUGAGGGUCCUCUCUGGAAUGCACUGAAUAAAGCCCGUGCAAGGA